UCGCUCCGCUCCUCCGCUCCCUCACGGCGCUGUGCCUGUCGCUAUGGAGUAGCUGGAGCGGGACGGGGACGGAGCGAGGCACUGAGCUGGCUUGACAGGUGCCUUGCCGGGCCCACAGGGCGACGGGCAGCCGGGCGCUGCGCCGGCAGCUUCCCACAGGCUCAGGAUUGCAGCUUGUUGCACAGCUGUGACAAUGGAGUCCAUGCUGAACAAAUUGAAGAGCACCGUUACAAAGGUGACGGCUGAUGUCACCAGUGCAGUCAUGGGAAAUCCUGUCACCAGGGAAUUUGAUGUUGGUCGACACAUUGCUAGUGGUGGGAAUGGUCUUGCAUGGAAGAUAUUUAAUGGAACUAAAAAAUCAACAAAACAGGAAGUGGCUGUUUUUGUCUUUGAUAAGAAGCUAAUAGACAAGUACCAAAAAUUUGAGAAGGAUCAGAUUAUUGACUCUCUAAAACGAGGUGUUCAGCAGCUCACCAGGCUUCGACACCCUCGACUGCUCACUGUUCAACAUCCACUGGAAGAAUCCAGGGAUUGCCUGGCAUUUUGUACAGAACCAGUCUGUGCAAGUUUAGCUAAUGUUCUUGGCAGCUGGGACAACCUACCUUCUCCAGUACCAUCUGACAUUAAAGAAUAUAAACUUUAUGAUGUGGAGACCAAAUAUGGUUUGCUUCAGGUUUCUGAAGGCUUGUCAUUUUUGCAUAGCAGUGUCAAAAUGGUCCAUGGAAAUAUUACUCCUGAAAAUAUCAUUUUAAAUAAGAGUGGAGCAUGGAAAAUUAUGGGCUUUGAUUUUUGUAUCCAGUCAACAAAUCCAUCUGAACAGGAGCCAAAGUUCCCUUGUAAGGAAUGGGAUCCAAACUUACCAUCCUUAUGUCUACCAAAUCCAGAAUAUCUGGCACCAGAAUACAUUCUCUCUGUCAGCUGUGAGACAGCCAGUGAUAUGUACUCUCUAGGAGCUGUUAUGUAUGCAGUCUUUAAUAAAGGGAAACCAAUUUUUGAGGUCAACAAGCAGGAUAUUUAUAAAAGCUUUAGUAGACAACUGGAUCAGCUGAGCCGUUUGAACUCCAGUGCUCUUCAGAAUAUACCAGAGGAGGUGCGGGAACAUGUAAAGCUGCUUCUAAACGUAGCUCCAGCGGUCAGACCAGACGCAGAUCAGAUGACUAAGAUACCAUUCUUUGAUGACGUGGGAGCAAUGACACUUCAGUAUUUUGAUUCAUUAUUUCAAAGAGAUAACCUUCAGAAAUCCCAGUUUUUCAAAGGGCUUCCAAAGGUUCUGCCAAAACUACCUAAGCGUGUUAUAAUACAGCGAAUUUUGCCUUGCCUGACUUCUGAGUUCGUGAAUCCAGACAUGGUGCCCUUUGUCUUGCCUAAUGUCCUCCUAAUUGCUGAGGAGUGCACCAAAGAAGAAUAUGUCAGGCUCAUUUUGCCUGAUCUUGGUCCUGUUUUUAAGCAGCAAGAACCAAUCCAGGCAAGCAACAUGAUCUUGUUGAUCUUCUUGCAAAAAAUGGACUUGCUUCUAACCAAAACUCCACCAGAUGAAAUAAAGAACAGUGUUCUACCAAUGGUUUAUAGAGCUUUGGAAGCACCUUCAAUUCAGAUCCAGGAGCUUUGCCUAAACAUAAUCCCCACCUUUGCCAAUUUAAUAGAUUACCCAUCAAUGAAAAAUUCAUUAAUUCCAAGAAUUAAAAAUGCAUGUUUGCAAACUUCUUCUCUUGCUGUCCGGGUAAACUCACUAGUGUGCUUAGGCAAGAUUUUGGAGUACUUGGAUAAAUGGUUUGUGCUUGAUGAUAUUCUACCUUUCCUACAACAAAUUCCAUCCAAGGAACCUGCAGUGCUAAUGGGAAUUUUAGGUAUUUACAAAUGCACAUUUACUCAUAAGAAGCUGGGAAUUACCAAAGAACAGCUGGCAGGAAAAGUAUUGCCCCAUCUGAUUCCUCUUAGUAUUGAGAACAAUCUUAAUCUCAAUCAGUUCAAUUCUUUUAUUUGUGUUAUAAAAGAUAUGCUUAAUAGAUUGGAGGCAGAGCAUAAAACUAAACUUGAGCAACUUCAUGUCAUGCAAGAGCAACAGAAAUCUUUGGAUAUAGCUAACCAAAUGAAUGUGUCUGAAGAGGCAAGAUCUAAUAGUACAAGUAAUCAGAUAGACAAAGUAUUUAAUACUGGUGGAACUGACCUUCUAACUAGUGGAGCUGAAAGUAUAGAGAAUGAGAUGUCAUCAAAACAGAGAAAGGCAUCACUUACACUUGAAGAGAAGCAGAAGUUAGCUAAAGAGCAAGAACAGGCACAGAAACUGAAAAGCCAGCAACCUCUUAAGCCACAGGCAACAGCAAUAACGCCUCCAGUGAAGCAGACUAAGGACUUGACAGAUACCUUGAUAGAUAACAUGUCAUCAUUGACUAGCCAUUCUAUCAACAAAGCUCCUUCAAGCAGCUUCUCUUCUGUCCCUCCUAUGGGUGUUGGAAUGGGAUUUUCAUCACCUAUGGACAACACAAAGAGAAAUGUAACAAACGGACUGAAUACUAACAUGGGUUUUCAACCUGCUGGAUUCACUAUGGGAGCUGGUCCCACCACUCAGAAUUUCUUCAGUGGUCCAAGUGCAGCAGGAGCAACGAAGAUGAACAUUGUACCAUCUGCCAGUAUGCCAAAUUACAGUCCUAUGAAUGCUGCAUCUGCAAUCUCUCCAUUGACACAACAAAACAGACCCCCAGAUAUGUCUGCUUUAGAUAAUCUUUUCGGUCCUCAAAAACCCAAAGUUAGUAUGAAACAGUUGGCUCAACAGAAAUCAAACCAGUGGGUUAAUCAGUUUGUACCCCCACAGGGGUCCCCAGGUGCGAGCAGUUCAGUUUUGGGACCUCAGAUGAACAUGAUAGGACAGCCUGGCUUUGGUAUACAGAGUAAUCCUUUCUUUGCUCCGCAGAACUUUGCACAACCAGCAAACACUAUGGCAAACAGCAGCUCAGCUAGUAAUGACUUAAAAGAUCUUUUUGGGUAAAAUGCUUCUUUCACAGAUUGAUGAAAAUUGGAUCAUGGGUAAGCUGAUUAUCAUCUCUUUUUUUUUCUUUUUUGUGGAUUAGUAAAAGCAUGACUUGGGGAAACUUUGAACCCAGCAGGUAAAGACUUGAGAAGUGACAUGACAAUGUUACUUUCACCUGGUACUGCGGUAGGUUCGUGUCAGUGCAAAGUCAUCUUACAUGCUAAGGGUUUCCUGUCUCUUUACCAAACAUCAGAGCACUGAAGGAGGAUGUAUAUAUAUUCAAUCCAAAAAGAUAAGGAUUUAAAAAUGAGUCAAAAGUCCUGUGAAAUUUCCUACCCAAUUUAGUUUCUUCAAUUCAGCACAAUGCCUAGGUUGUAAUCACUCCAGUGAACACAACCCUGCAGCCCUGUCCUUCCAGUGUCUGCUAACUUCUUGCUGAUGAUUUGUUGUUGCUCUGACUUGGCACAAACUGUCACUUUACCACAGGACAUUUUGCAAAGAGUCGAUUCUUAUGCUGCCUCUGGAAGUUUUGUUAGCAGUGUUACACAGGAGGAUCUCUAACCAGUAAUGUAGAAGAGGCUGACAAGAGAAACUGUUUUGUGUUUCUUCUCUUGUAAGAUAAUUAAAAUUAAUGUGGUGGUAAAGAACAACAAGAUUCAGGAGGCAGAGGAAGUUGUUUUAAAGUUGAAGUUUGGGACAGUGUAAGAGCACUGCUGCAAUGGUCCUGCUGGUUUACAACUUGUGUUACCAGCCCCAUAACAAAAGCACCAUCCCACUUAAGGGGGUUUAAAAAUACAGGUGGUGACCUACCCUCAAUUUUUAUAUAUCCCAGUGUUUUGGGUAGUUUGAUACUGCUUCUCACUGGUGUGGAAAAAAACUCCUAAGACUAGAAGUUGUUUUGGACCCUCAUAAGAAGAAUGCUCACUGCAAAACUGAGCUGUUGACUGCCCCAGCUGUGUAACUAAGCAGCUCUGUGUAACUGAGCACACCCCCUUCAGUUACACAGAAACAUCCUGAAGUACUUUCCUACUCCUUGGCUUCACUGAGAAGAUGGAAAAGGAUCACCUGGUGCAAGUGGCUGCAUGAAAAAGCAGACUGCCACGAGUUGCCUUGACUGGAAUAAAUGACUCAUUUUAACUCUGUUUUAACUCCAGCCCUUAUGAAGGAUAGCUGAAGGUGAAGGGAGUUUCCAAAUGCAGGUUUUAAGCUCUAGGCUACACGGUAAAUAUGCAGGUAUUUCAGAUCCUUUUUAUUGUAUUACUCCAAAUUUAAUAAAGCUCUCCAGAAAACCAAACAGUAGUUUCUUCUGCUUUCCAGAAGGUGGAUGUUCAGCUUGCCCAUGAUAGAACCUUUGCUCUGUCAGGUCCUACUGUUGAGUUUUAACCUUCUCUUUCCUAGGAAUUUCAGGAGCUUUCUUACGUAACGUUUUGAAGACUGUGGCUGGCUAUUUUGAGAAGGAAAGGACUAGUUACCUUUUUUAAUGGGAAGCCUACACACUUUAUUUUUCCAAGCCUUUCACUGAAGAAAUUGUUCUUUCAUUUGCUGCUUGAGAUACCAAAGGGCCUUAUGCUGUAAAGGGGACUUGUCUUUGUUAUUUCCACGGUUCUAAGCGGUAAUGGCAUUAAGUGUGUUUCUUACGGACUCGUUUAUGUAUCAUAGCUGCUGCCUUAGUCCUGUUACUUUAAAAUACCUGGGGACCAGUGAAAUUGUGAUUUAGAAGACAAUACCUAACACAUUGUGAUGCUUAUGUGCUGUUAGUGUUCAUGGUUAAACAUUGUAGGCUAUGUUAAGGUAUCUGUGUAAACUUACUACUAGAACUGUUCAACUCUGAUGGUUGCUAGGACUCUAUACUCUCAGUCACACUAAUGUCUUCUUUUAUGUCAGCAUUUGAAAGCUGUGUUUUGUUAGGGUAAGUUAAGCCUUUGAAGAAUUACUUGAAUGUGUAUUCCCUUAAAUUAUUUGCAAAGUAAGUUUACAUUAAAAGUAACAUCUCAUAGGA